AUGCAGCUCUACAGCAGCGUCUGCACCCACUACCCCGCCGGGGCGCCGGGUCCCACGGCCGCAGCCCCCGCUCCGCCCGCCACCGCCGCCGCCGCCGCCCCCUUCAAGGUCUCGCUGCAGCCGCCGGGCGCCGCCAGCGGAGCGCCCGAGCCCGAGACCGGUGAGUGCCAGCCCGCUGCGGCCGCCGAGCCCCGGGAAGCCGCCGCCGCCAAGAUGCCCGCCUUCGCCUCCUGCUUCGAGAUGGUGCCUGGGGCCGCCGCGCCCGCCUCUGCCGCCGGCCCGCCCGGCGCGUCCUGCAAGCCGCCGCUGCCGCCGCACUACACGUCCACGGCGCAGAUCACCGUGCGGGCCCUGGGCGCCGACAGGCUCCUGCUGCACGGGCCCGAGCCAGGGCCCGGCGCCGCGGCGCCCGCCGCCGCCCAGCGCGGCCGGUGCCUCUUGCUGGCUCCCGCGCCCGCCGCCCCGGUGCCGCCGCGGCGGGGCUCCUCGGCCUGGCUCCUGGAGGAGCUGCUGCGGCCCGACUGCCCCGAGCCCGCGGGCCUGGACGCCGCCCGGGAGGGGCCCGACAGAAACUUCCGACUGAGCGAGCACCGCCAGGCCCUGGCCGCCGCCAAGCACCGAGGCCCCGCGCCGCCCCCGGGGAGCCCGGAACCCAGCGCCGGCCCGUGGGGCGAGGAGCACCUGGCGGAGAGGAGCCCCCGGGGCUGGGAGAGGGGCGGCGACCGCAGCGACCCUGCCGGCGGGGACGUGGCGUGGCGGCCCGACCCUGAGGCCGAGGCGCCCCCCACGCGGAGCGGCGAGGCUGCCCAGAGCAGCGGGGCCGAGACGGUGGUCGUGUCCAGGUCGGAUCCCAGAGACGAGAAGCUGGCCCUGUACUUGGCCGAGGUGGAGCGGCAAGACAAGUACCUGCGACAGAGGAAUAAGUACCGGUUCCACAUCAUUCCCGACGGCAACUGCCUCUACCGAGCUGUCAGCAAGACCGUGUACGGGGACCAGAGCCUGCACCGGGAGCUGAGGGAGCAGACGGUGCACUACAUCGCGGAUCACCUCGACCACUUCAGCCCCCUGAUUGAGGGCGACGUGGGGGAGUUUAUCAUCGCUGCUGCCCAAGACGGGGCGUGGGCCGGGUACCCGGAAUUGCUGGCCAUGGGGCAGAUGCUGAAUGUGAAUAUCCACUUAACUACUGGAGGGAGGUUGGAGAGCCCCACGGUGUCUACUAUGAUUCACUAUUUGGGCCCGGAGGAUUCCCUGAGGCCUAGCAUUUGGCUUAGUUGGCUUAGUAAUGGACACUAUGAUGCGGUAUUUGAUCACUCCUAUCCCAACCCAGAGUAUGACAACUGGUGCAAACAAACUCAAGUGCAAAGAAAACGCGAUGAAGAACUUGCCAAAUCCAUGGCCAUAUCCCUAUCCAAAAUGUAUAUUGAACAAAAUGCAUGCUCUUGAAUCAAUGUCUGGAAACCUUACACCCUGGGAAAAUUGCGUACGUAACUUAUGUGUUUGGAGAAUCACAUGAACUCUAAUCAGGGUAAUAGCACUUUUAAACUUUCUAGUAGAUUUACUGUAGGUGUAAUGCCUUAAUCAUUUUUUUGAAUGUUUUCUCAGAGCUGAAGGUUGCUGGGCGCCUAAAUGAUGUUUCAUGAUCGCUUUGGGUGAUCCUACUGCUAUUUAUAAUUUGCUGUAUAAAGUGAGCACUACUUAAUUUGCAAGCUAAUUUCUCACAGUGUAAAUUUGUUCAUUCCUGGUAGUCUAUUUUCUAUAAAAAUGUAUUUUUGCACAACA